CCUGGUAGUCACCUCCACUCCAUGGACCCAGGAAACAAUACACAAAUUUCAGAAUUUCUUCUUAUGGGACUUUCAGAGAAACCAGAAGUUCAGGUUCUCAUAUUUGGGCUUUUUCUCUCCAUGUACCUGAUCGUCGUGUUUGGAAACCUGCUCAUCAUUCUGGCCGUCAGCUCAGACUCCCACCUCCACACACCCAUGUACUUCUUUCUCUCCAACCUGUCCUUAAUAGACAUCUGUUCUACAUCCACCACCAUCCCAAAGAUGCUGUGGAACAUUCAGACCCAGAGCAAAGUCAUAAGCUAUGAAGGCUGCAUCACCCAGAUGUAUUUUUACAUACUCUUUGGAGGAUUAGAUGACAUUCUCCUGAGCGUGAUGGCCUAUGACCGCUUCAUGGCCAUCUGCCACCCCCUGCACUACAUGGUCAUAAUGAACCCCCAGCUCUGCAGGCUGCUGGUUUUGGUGUCCUGGAUCAUGAGUGCCAUGUAUUCCUUGUUACAUAGCUUAAUGGUUUUGCGAUUGUCCUUCUGUCCAGAUAUGGAAAUCACCCACUUUUUCUGUGAACUCACUCAGAUGGUACAACUUUCCAGUUCUGACAACUUUCUUAAUAACAUGGUGAUGUGUCUUGCAGCUGUCCUGCUGGGUGUUGGUCCUUUUGCUGGUAUCCUUUACUCAUACUCUAAAAUAGUUUCCUGCAUACAUAAAAUCUCAUCAGCUCAGGGGAAGUAUAAAGCAUUUUCCACCUGUGCAUCUCACCUCUUGGUUGUCUCCUUGUUUUAUUGUACAGUCUUAGGAGUGUACCUUAGCUCUGCUGUUACCCACAGCUCACACUCAAGUGCCGUCGCCUCAGUGUUGUACACUGUGGUCAUGCCCAUGCUGAACCCCUUCAUCUACAGUCUGAGGAAUAAAGACAUGAAGAGGGCUCUGAAGAGGUUCUAUUUGAUGCCAGGUAUAAAAUGGCCAAUUAUACUAGGGGUUGAUGAAGUGCUCUUGAUUGCAUAA